AUGUCCUACCUGCAGAACCCCCAGCCCAUGUCCCCCGCCGUGGUGACAGGGACGGGGGGGCCUCAGCAGCAACAGCGAAUCAGAACGCGGGGCGUGGCCUCAGCUCCAUUUCCUGGCCAUCCAUUGGCUGCCGCAUUCGAGGGGCGGGGUCAGCCUUCCUGUCAUGUGAGGGCGCGGUCACGUGAGCGCCGCUGUCAUGGCGGUGGCCGGGGCGCUGCCGCUGCUGCUGCUGCUGCUGAGCGGGGCGGGCCGGCGGGCUGCGGGUACCAGUCGUGCCCCCCGACCCGGCCGGACAUGCUGAACGUGCACCUGGUGCCGCACUCGCACGACGACGUGGGCUGGCUCAAGACGGUGGAUCAGUACUACUAUGGGGUGCGGAACCAGGAGCAGCACGCGGGCGUGCAGUACAUCCUGGACUCGGUGGUGGCCCAGCUGGCCGCCCGGCCCUCGCGGCGCUUCGUCUACGCCGAGGUGGCGUUCCUGGCACGCUGGUGGCGGCAGCAGGGCCCGGCCACGCGCAGGCUGCUCCGGGAGCUGGUGCAGCAGGGGCGGCUGGACUGGUCGGGGGGGGGCUGGUGCAUGAACGACGAGGCCGCGGCUCACUACGGGGGGGCCCUGGUGCAGCUGGCCCUGGGCCGGCGCUUCCUGCGCCGCCUCUUCGGGGGCUGCGGCACGCCGCGCGUUGCCUGGCAGAUCGACCCCUUCGGGCACUCCCGCGAGCUGGCCGCCACCUUCGCCCAGAUGGGCUACGACGGGCUCUUCGUGGGCCGCGUGGACUACCAGGACAAGUGGGCGCGGCAGCAGCGCCGGGAGCUGGAGCUGCUCUGGAGGGGCAGCGAGAGCCUGGCCCCCCCCCGGGCCGACAUCUUCACCGGGAUCCUGCCCAACGUGUACGACCCCCCCGCGGGGCUGUGCUGGGACCAGCUCUGCACCGACCCCCCCGUGGUGGGACGGGGGACGGCCCCGAGCGCAACGUGGGACGCCGUGGUCACCUCCUUCCUGCGGGCAGCGGCCACCCAGGCCCGGCACUACCGCACCAACCACAUCCUGAUGACCAUGGGCUCCGACUUCCACUACGAGAACGCCAACCUGUGGUUCAAGAACCUGGACAAGCUCAUUGACGUCAAUGCCCGGCAAGCCAACGGCAGCCUCGUCCACGCCCUGUACUCCACCCCCUGUUACCUGUGGGAGCUGCACCGGGCCAACCUCACCUGGCCCCUGAAGACGGACGAUUUCUUCCCCUACUCGGACGGGCCCCACCAGUUCUGGACCGGCUACUUCAGCAGCCGCCCGGCCUUCAAGGGCUACGAGCGGCUCAGCAGCGGCUUCCUGCAGAUCUGCAGCCAGCUGGAAGCCCUGGCCGGGCCCUCGGCGCGGGACGGUCCCUACGGCCCUGGGGACAGCUCGGUGCUCCGUGAGGCCGUGGCUGUGGCCCAGCACCACGACGCCGUGGCCGGCACCGAGAGGCAGCACGUGGCCGACGACUACGCCCGGCAGCUGGCCAAGGGCUGGGACAGCUGCCAGGUGCUGGUGGCCAACGCCCUGUCAAUCCUGGGGGGCACCAAGGACCCCCUGGUGUUCUGCAACGCCCUCAACAUCGGCGUGUGCCCCCUCAGCGAGACCACCCCUCACUUCACCGUGAUCCUCUACAACCCCCUGGGCUGGGGCGUGACCUGGCCCGUGCGGCUGCCGGUCAGGGCCACCUCGUACUCUGUGACCGGCCCUCAGGGCCAGCCCGUGGCCAGCCAGGUGGUCCCGGUGUCCGGCGUGACGGCGGCUGCGGGGCGGCGCCGGACGGCCCCGGGGGAGCUCCUGUUCCAGGCCUGGGCCCCCCCGCUGGGGUUCAGCACCUUUGAGGUGAAGCAGCUGAGCCCAGGGACCCCCUGGACACCCCCAGCUGGCCCUCGGGGACCCCCUGGGACCCUCCCAGCUGGCCCUCGGGGGACCCAGAGCCGCAGAUUGAGAACGAGCUCCCAGUUAAACCAGUUAGGGGGUGACUGGCACCUGCGGGUCCGGUUCGACCCCGUCACGGGGCACCUGCUGGAGAUCCAGAACCUGGCCAAGGGCAUCUCGCUGCCCGUCUUCCAGAGCUUCUACUGGUACAACGCCAGCGCCGGGGGACGGGCAGCCCCACGCGCGGCCACGCACCUGCUCAAGACGGCGCUGGUGCAGGAGGUGCAGCAGAACUUCUCGGCGUGGUGCUCGCAGGUGCUGCGGCUGCGCCCGGGGCAGCCGUACCUGGAGCUGGAGUGGACCCUGGGGCCCAUCCCCGUGGCGGACGGGCUGGGCAAGGAGGUGAUCAGCCGCUUCGAGACGCCGCUGCGCACGGCCGGGCGCUUCUACACCGACUCCAACGGGCGCCAGGUGCUGGAGCGCAGGCGUGACUACCGGCCCACCUGGAACCUGAGCCAGACUGAGCCCGCGGCAGGGAAUUACUACCCUGUGAACACCCGGAUCUUCAUCAAGGACGAGAAGCUGCAGCUGACGGUGCUGACGGAUCGCUCGCAGGGCGGCAGCAGCCUCCAGGACGGCUCCCUGGAGCUG